AUGCCUAUCUUGCGAGUAUUCCUCGCUAUCCUCUUAAUUACUUUUCUCUUUACUGCACUUGGCAGUAGUAGAGAGUUAAUUCCUCGCAAGAACCAGCAAAAUAGGUAUCAGAAGCAGCAUUUAUCCUUUCUCGCGAAACGAACCUCUUGGCUGCAUGAUGCUAUUGUGAUUGGACGAGGCUACUACGAGGCUAUAGUCCAUGCAGAUAGUGGAUCAACAGACUCACAACCAUUCCAUCCUUAUCAUCGUUGGGGCUCUGAGGUUUUUACCGAAAAUACUGGAGAAGAGUGGAACUCAGCUCUUCUAGCAUCUGGGAAAAGUCGAAUACAGCAGGGUGAUUUUGCUACGGUUGAGGCACGCAAAUACACAAAUAAGAAGAAGCUAAUGGGAUAUCCGAACUCGGAUUGCCCGUUGGAUGAAGUGGUUAAGGGACUCCCUAAUUCAGUGGAAAUCAUGUUUGAUGUGAAUCAGCAUUUGAUCUUUCUCUAUGGUGUUAAUGAUGAGCGUGUUGACUCUACAGGCUGGGCUAUUCAGGCCGUCCGACAGGCACAUGGAUAUCCUGUUGAUCUCUCAUGGGGUUCUCGUGGUCUUUAUACACGUGUGAGUAGCAAACGAAGCAGACAGAUACAACUUCAUGUUCUUGAAGAAAUGUUAAAGGGCCAGAAGGAUCAGUGGCAGAAGGUUACUGUGGAUUCGGCUAACAUGGACCCUCUUUAUGCGCUUCUUGCGACUGAUGAGGGUGAGCUUGUCACCUCUCUAAUGACAGAUGAACGUGAACCCCAUUUCGCAGAAGGGAAACUACACACGAUCAUUUUCCAUUAUACCAAAAAGCAAAUCGGCUUUCUGUUUUCUUAA